AUGCCAUAUUCUUUGUAUGAGAAGUUAGGUAUAGGAGAGUUGUCACCUACACGCAUGUCUUUGUCGCUAGCUGAUAGAUUCGUUAAGUAUCCACGUGGCAUUAUUGAAAACCUUUUAGUCAAAGUGGAUAAGUUCGUCUUCCCCGUAGACUUUGUCGUUCUUGAUAUGGAAGCCGACGAAAAGGUUCCCAUCCUUCUAGGAUGCCCAUUCUUGUGUACCGCCAAGGCCAUCAUCGAUGUCUUUGACGGGAAAAUCACACUUCAAGUCGUUGAGAGUAGGAUAGAUGAGGUAGUUGAGAAGGUAGAGGAGGUUGUUAGUGAGAGUGAAGAGGUAGACGAGGACGAGUGGGUCCCCGAAGUGCUAGAAUUGAGUGAAAUUAAGAGUGAGAGUGAGAGUACACCUAUGGAGAAGCCCGCCCCAUUAGAACUCAAAGUCCUCUCGUCCCACUUAGAAUACGCUUUCUUAGGUGAGGGUUCCGAGUUUCCCGUCAUCAUUUCGUCUAAGUUAGAGGAGGGAGAGAAGGGUAGGUUAUUAGAGGUGUUGAGAGUGAAUAGGGAGGCCAUUGCAUGGCGCCUUUCGGAUAUUAAGGGCAUAAGCCCCGCCUAUUGUACCCACCGGAUACUCAUGGAAGAUGACUAUAAGCCGGUGGUGCAACCUCAAAGGCACCUCAAUCCGAACAUGCAAGAGGUUGUUAAGAAAGAAGUGCUUAAGUUGAUGCUUAAGAGGUGCAUAGAGACAAAUCUUAUGUUGAAUUGGGAGAAGUGUCACUUUAUGGUGACGGAGGGGAUAGUGUUAGGACACAAGGUGUCAAGAGAGGGUAUAGAGGUGGAUAGAGCCAAGAUAGAUACCAUAAGUACAUUGCCUCCACCUACUAGUGUCAAGUCCGUUAGGAGCUUUCUAGGUCAUGCGGGCUUUUAUAGGCGUUUUAUAAAAGAUUUUUCUAAAAUCACACGCCCGAUGACUAGGCUUUUAGAGAAGGAUGUACCUUUCGUCUUCGACGAGGAGUGCAUCAAGGCAUUCGACUUCUUGAAGGAAAAACUCGCGAGUGCCCCGAUACUUGUGUCGCCCGAUUGGAGCUUACCUUUUGAGCUCAUGUGUGAUGCGAGUGAUUAUGCCGUAGGUGCGGUCCUAGGACAAAGAGUCGAUAAGCACUUUCAUCCAAUUUACUACGCGAGCAAAACUCUAAACGAUGCUCAAGAGAACUAUACCACAACGGAAAAGGAACUCUUAGCCGUAGUGUUUGCGUUUGAUAAGUUUCGCUCAUAUCUCGUGCUUUCCAAAACCACCGUGUUCACCGACCAUUCCGCUUUGCGAUUUCUGUUUCAAAAGAAAGACGCAAAGUCGCGUCUUAUUAGAUGGAUUCUUUUGCUCUUCGAGUUCGACAUAGAAAUUAAGGAUAAAAAGGGAGCGGAAAACGUAGCCGCCGACCACUUGUCACGUUUAGAGGAUCCAAAGAGAGAAGAGGUGCGUGAGGAUUCCAUAGGAGACACUUUUCCCCACGAAACCAUAGAUUUUGUUAGUGCCGAGGCAGAGGGUUUGCCAUGGUUCUCGGACUUGGCGAAUUAUUUAGCAACCGGAGAUCUUGUGAGGGGUAUGUCCUACCAACAAAAGAAAAAACUUCUUAGGGAGGCUAGGAAGUAUAUUUGGGAUGACCCAUACCUAUUUAGGAUAGGUGGAGAUAGAGUGCUUAGGAGAUGUGUUUCAAAGGAGGAUGGUUUAGACAUCCUUAGACAUGUGCACGAGGGUUUAACGGGAGGCCAUCACGGAGCAAAUGUGACGGCACAAAAGGUUUUUGAUAAGUUAGAGCAUAGGGCGUUGUGGGCAUUGAAAACCGUAAACCUUAACCUUACCGAAACCGCAAGGAGGAGAUUCUUCCAGAUUCACGAGUUGGAAGCUCUAAGGGAUGCUGCCUAUGAACGAUCAUGGAGUAUCAAGGAGAAAACCAAGGCAUUGCAUGAUAGGCGGUUGCGAGGUUUGAAAGAGUUUAAGGUAGGUGAUAAAGUGCUUUUGUUCAAUUCACGUUUGAAAUUAAUAGCAGGGAAAUUGAAAUCGAGAUGGAAUGGCCCGUAUGUGGUGAAAGAAGUGUUUCCAUACGGCACGGUUGAAUUAUACGAUGAAGUCGACAAAGGUGUAUGGAAGGUAAACGGUCAUAGAUUGAAACAUUACUUGGGAGGUCCUAUUGAUACCACCGAAGAGGAAGAAAUUCCUCUAGAGGACCCACCUACCUUCACCGAUCAGUUUCAUCACCGCUACGGAACGGAGAAAGCUUGA